AUGAACUCUCCCAUUGGAGUAGUUGCUAGGCUAGCUGGACGCGAAAGCAUAUGGUCUGGUAGGACUGUACACUAUCUGCUAUGUAGACAGCUGCGAGUACAUAAGAAGGAGAUAUGGUGUCUCGUGGUUGAUGAGGCUAUCAGGUUUAGCUUGCUCGAGUUUGGUGAGAUCACUGGGUUAAACACAGGUCCAUUGCCAACAGAAAGUUUUGAACCUGAUCAAUACAAAGAGUUUUGGGAGGAGUUGAAGGUGCCGCUUGGGAUUGGACCCAAGUUAGAUGAACUGAAGGAAGCAUUAGCGUUUUGUCCGCUUUGGAGUUUUGAAAAGCGUAAGUGGUUGGGGCUGCUACUUCUUCAAGCCAUGGGAGUCUAUUGUUUGCAUCACAAUUCAAGGAUACCUUUUGAAAGUGCAAUAAGGAUAUUCGACGAUGAAGCCAUGGGGUCGUAUCCAUGGGGUCGGACUGCAUACGAAGUUCUCAUUGACUCUAUUAAAACGUUGGCUCCAGAAGGAGGGUCAUACACAAUAAGCGGCAUGACUGUCGCGUUAUCGAUUUGGGCGUAUGAAUCCGUCGCCUACUUCGGUGAGAAUUUUGGGAGAGUGGUGAAUAAUGAAGACGUUCCGCUUUUUCGAUGGGGUGGAAAGCGUACACGUGCAAGUUUUGAUAACUUGUUGGCUGCCGAAAUCAAAGACCAUGGCGAGGACUCAAUUGAAGAGAUGUUGCCUAAAUGGCCAGGUGAACCUGACGAUCCACAAAUCGUUAGCUUGAUAACAGACAUACAUGCAGGUAGAUUUGUGAAAGGUUUUUGGGAAGUGCAGGGGAAUACGCAGGGGAAUGCGCAGGGGAAGGGGAAUGAGAAGAAGAAGAAAAUGAAGGGUGGAGUUUCGUCAGAAGCUGAGUCACCCACUAUGAAGCAGAAGAAAGUUAAGACACAGAAUGAGUCUGAAGCUGCUGCAACGGGAAAGGGUUCUAGCGAGAAGGAAGGUAGCAAAGAUUUGGAGAUGGAGAACAAAGCGACUCUGACGACCAUUGUGAGUACUCUGGAUAAUAUUUCCAGAAAAUUUGAUCAGAUUGACCUACGGUUGGAAGCUUAA